GACACGGUGGUGUGGCAGGCAGCGUCAGCAGGCAGAGGACACACUCGGAUCAACCAGUAAUCACUAUCGUCACUCACACUGCCAUGGUCGAAAAAAGCAACAACAGCGCUUCCUAUUUUCUACCGGGAGUGAAACUUUAAAAGGCUGGAAAACAGACAUGAUGCUGGACGCCAUAACCUCGCGGAUAUAAGCGACAUUAAAAAGCGGAAAGUAGACCCCACCACACCGAAGCCACAAAGAAGGGUUUUUUUUCACGCUCGGAGGGAAAGACGGCAUCCGGCCUGAGAAGAAGCUCCGAGGUCGGGGACUCCGGUCGGAGCAACGCUCAUCGUUUCUGGCCUCCCCUUCCUGAGAGCUCAAUGGAGAAAAUGAAGCGGUUCAAACGGCGUCUCUCCCAGACGUUACGAGGCAGCCACACCAUCGACGAGUCGCUGUCCGAGCUGGCAGAGCAGAUGACCAUCGAGGAGAAUGGACUGAAAGACAGCGAGCCUAUAGUAAGGAACGGUCGUCCUCCGUCCGCCCACAGUGUCCACUCCUUCCUGCACCAGUACACGGGCUCCUUUAAAAAGCCGCCGCUGCGACGGCCUCAGAGCGUCAUCGGAGGAGGUCUGGGCUCUCUCAUGGUAAUGCCUCGCAACGGCAGCCGCCUCGAUAUCGUCCAUGAGAACCUGAAGAUGGGGUCCGACGGGGAGAGUGACCAGGCAUCAGGGACUUCCUCCGAUGAGGUGCAGUCGCCCACGGGUGUGUGUCUUCGUAACAGAGGGAACAGACGCAUCUCUGCAGAGGACCUGAACAAACGUCUGUCCCUGCCGGCCGACAUCCGGAUACCUGACGGCUACCUGGAGAAGCUGCAGCUGAGCAGCCCGCCCUUCGACCAGCCGCUGAGCCGACGCUCCCGCAGAGCAUCACUGUCAGAAAUUGGGUUUGGGAAGCUGGAGACCUACAUCAAACUGGACAAACUGGGGGAGGGCACGUACGCUACUGUCUUCAAGGGGAGGAGUAAACUGACGGACAACCUCGUGGCACUGAAGGAAAUCAGAUUGGAGCACGAGGAGGGGGCGCCAUGCACCGCUAUCAGAGAAGUGUCAUUACUGAAGGACCUGAAACACGCCAACAUAGUGACGCUGCAUGAUAUCAUCCACACAGAGAAAUCACUCACACUGGUCUUCGAGUACCUGGACAAAGACUUGAAGCAGUACAUGGAUGACUGCGGGAACAUCCUGAGCAUGCAGAAUGUCAAGAUUUUCCUGUAUCAGAUCCUGCGAGGCCUGGCGUACUGUCACAAACGGAAAGUUCUCCACAGAGACCUGAAGCCCCAAAAUCUGCUCAUCAACGACAGAGGAGAACUCAAACUGGCUGACUUUGGCCUGGCGAGGGCCAAAUCAGUGCCUACUAAAACAUACUCUAACGAGGUGGUGACUCUUUGGUAUCGGCCCCCCGACGUGCUGCUGGGCUCCUCUGAGUACUCCACGCAGAUCGACAUGUGGGGUGUGGGCUGCAUAUUCUAUGAGAUGGCUGCCGGCAGGCCCCUGUUCCCAGGCUCCACGGUGGAGGACGAGCUGCACCUCAUCUUCAGGCUGCUAGGCACUCCCACGGAGGACAGCUGGCCCGGGAUAUCCUCGAUGGACGAGUUCAAGUCCUACAAGUUCCCCAAGUACAAAAUCCAGCCCCUCAUUAACCACGCACCCAGCCCGGUAAUCAUUGAGGAUGGAAGUGAGCAAAUGUUUCUAAACAGACCCAGGUUGGACACUGAUGGCAUCGACUUGCUGAUGUCAUUCCUAAAAUAUGAAUCGAAAAAGAGGAUCUCUGCUGAUGAAGCAAUGAGACAGCCGUACUUCAGGAGCCUGGGGCCACGUGUGCACACACUGCCAGAGAGCAUAUCCAUAUUCACACUGAAGGAGGUCCAGUUGCAGAGAGAUCCCGGCUACCGGAACUCAUCAUACCCUGAGUCAGGCAACGGAAAGAGCAGAAGACAGAGCAUGCUGUUUUAGAUUCUCUGGACUGUAUUUUUUUAUUUGGGAAGGAUAGCUGUACAGUCUCGCUGAUGGAUCAGUAGCCUGAGAUGGAUGUUGGCAUGGAGCAUCAUCUUCAUCAUCAUGAUCAUCAUCAUUAUAAACCCCCCAAGCUACUUGGGGAAACUCGUCCACAGUGCUACCAGUCCCCUUUCCAGGUCUGGCCUGAAACUGGCCCAUGAGAGACAUUUAUAUACUGUACAUCUAUAUUUAUUGAGAAGAGAAUUUGCUGCUAAAUCCAACUACUGUCUAGAAUUCUAACUGGCUCAGUCACUUUAAUGAGUACAUGCAAUGUGUAUAGAUUUUUUCUUUUGAAGUGGUGAUAUUUUAAGUUUUUUUUGUCAUUUCCAUUUUCAUACAUAAAAAAAACUCGACCUCGAUGCUCCUCAGUGUGUGUGGGUGUGUGAGGCACCCAGUGAGCAGAGGCAUGUUUCUGUAGCAACUCAAUAGGGUUUGAUUUCUGUCUCUGUUGCCACGGUGCUGUUCCUCAGCUGCACCCAUCAUUUGUGACCGUUUACUCCGAGGCUGGCUUUGAUAUAACUGAUCAUUUUAUCCUAACUGGAGGCUAAUAUGAGAGCAGUGCAGCCAAAAAAAGAUCCCGUUCUUGUCAGUAGCUGGCAUAUCAUUCCAGGAUGCUGCGGUUUCUGUCGUGACCAAGGAACACAUGCAGGAGGGAAAGCAAACGUAGAAAUAAUGACAAGGGUAUUACAGGAUUAGUAACGCCUCUUAGCUCUGAAUAAAACAUAAAUAUGUAACUGAAGUGAACCUUCUUCUCAUCCUUUUUCCAUCUCAAUCUGACACUCCUCCAGUCUGUUACAAAGGGGAGGUGAACGUGAAUCCCCAGUGUUGGACUCUGCUGGCUUAGUGCUUUGCAGAUCUGUUCUCCUCUCUGCCAUUCCCAUCUCCAUCAACUGUAAAAAAAAAAAAAAUGUAUCUUUUGUUUCUGGAUUGCCUCCAUCUUUGUGUUGCAUGCCUGCUCUCUUGUAUGAGGAAGCACACAGCCACUGAGCUCCUGAUUCAGGAGCGCUAGCUAUAGUCCUGCCCCUAGUGAAUACCAUACUGAGUCAGUCUAUUUAACAGUGUUACAGGAGAUGUUUUGUAUGAUACUCUUUAACUUUAUUUGUUGAUAAUUGUUAUUGGUGUGGGAUUUCAUUGCAGAUGCCCUCCCAUAUUUGAGCUUUUUUUUCCAGAGUAAAGAAAAUUAAAUCUAAAGUUUAAACAGAAUUCAUGUGACCUGGUUGUGUUUCCCUCUGCUGUACGGACACUUCUAGCUACUGUAAAAUGUUGGAUUUAAAGACACUGUGUUUAAGCAUUCAA